UCCAUCAGGCCCCCUUCGGCAUUGCCGUCCUUGAACGUGCCUGCGAAGGGACGUCUUCGCAGAGGUUCCGCGGAGCUUCUCUUUGCUUUUCCUCGUAUCCUUUCCUUCUCCCUAUGGUCCUGAGAAAGGCGGAGGCGGAGGCCCUGGCUAGGUGCAGUUUUAUUCUGAGAUGUUUCAGCAGGAAAAGAAUGUGCUUCUUCAGACCAGUAUGCACUCAUUUUGGAUCAUUUUUUGUGUGUGCAUACCAAAAUGCUUGUAUGCACAGAACAUGUGUCCUGAGGUCAGGCAACAGCUUUUGAAGGAUGGCUUUCACAGAAAUCUGCUGAUUCGGGUAAAUAUCAGUACAGCUGACGAAAGCCUCAGAAGCUGCAUGGUGGCAACUAGGGUACACUUACCAAAAGGACUAUAUGUGGAUCCCUAUGAAUUGACAUCUUUACAAAAGCACAAUCUCACUGAGGCAUUGAUGAUGGCAGAUAACAUAGAUUUGGAAGCUCCUGAGUACUUAGCUGCUGACGUUUCUGUCCUCGUUUAUAUGAGACCUGACCCUGAAUGCUUUUCCUGUUUUAGAGCAUUAUUACCUCUGCACUGCCGGUAUCAUCGGCCAGCAGAAAAUGAUGGGAAAAUCUCUACUGUACUGAAGAGUCCAGAUCUAUUGAUGCAUUGCCAAAAAUUCUUCCUUUCACUGGAAUGUUUGAAAGAAACUGAAAUAGAAGCUCCAUGUUCUCAGAAGAAUAUACACACAUGCCACUGGGAUAGCAUGAAGUUCAAAGAUGUAACCAAAGAACUGAAACUGCAGAUACCAGUUGGGCUCAAACACCAUCUUAUGUUGGUAUGCACAGGGACUCUUGCUACCACAAUAUUGUGUUCCAGUCUUAUCCUUUCAGCUUUAUUCAAGCAUGGAUGCUUCUCCUUUGUUCAGAGCUCACAGUAAAACCAAACAAGGUUAUUGAAUCAUCAUGGAAAAACUGUCUAAAUACACCAGACAAACCAGAGACAGGAACAGAAGAAAAGGUUUAGAAUUGGCCCAGCAUCAGACUGGGAGCAGGCCAAGUGCCUCUUACUUGACUGUGUGGUAUCAUAUGCUUGGCUGCAUUGCUUUUGAUCUGUUCUAGUCUCCUCCCCACAACUUUGUACAUGUUUCCUGAAUAGGCUGAUCUAGUACCAGAUAAAUAUGUGCCUUCAAAAUUGCCAUGUAAUCAAAUUUUGAAAUAGUGAAACCUGCCUAACUUAACAAUUCUGAUAUCACCAAUAAAGGGGGGGUGUGGAUAAUUUUUUGAACCCUAAAAAACCCAAACACAGAUUCUUUUUUCAUGUGUAGUGAAUCAUAGAUAUCAGACAAAUAGAAACAAUUAUAAGUGGCAAUAAUACUUUGGAAGGAAGUUUAUAAACUGUUCAUUUUUAAACCAUGAACUGGAUAAAUAUGUCUCAGAAGAUAACAGAACAGGUGGAAUUAUUCCAAGUUCUGAGAAAACACUGGAUGUAAAUCAUUAGCGUUGAAAAUACAAGGAAAUACAGGGAGGAAAUUGCUUCAUUAAUGGAAAAACUGAGCAGCUCCAAAGAUUCUUAACUUUUCUAUUGUCAACAAACUUCACACAUCAAGUAUCUACUAGUAUGCAAAACAGGUUCAGAGGGAAAGAUGUGCCACUUUCCAUAUUUGUGGACAGCAUAAAAUACCAAUUCAUAAAUUAAAUAAAAGAAAAUACCGGUACCUCUUU